GUCUACAUCCUCCCUUCCCUAGCCUGCCGCAGCGCGCCGCCUCCACACCACGCACAGCAUCUGUUUAUGUAACCUCAAGACACCAAUUGAGUAGAGAUUACGUACUACAUCAACGGCUGCAUUUAUGUUUGCAUAUAUAUACUCCAGCACAGCACACAGGGACAUAAACAUUGCACAAUCUACCUGACAAAUCACAUCACAUCAACAAAGGAAAAAGUGAUCUCACGCACGCACAAUCUACCUGUCGGCACGGUUGCAGCUCUGAUUAGCUCCGUGCAGUUGAUCGGCACAUCCGUCCAUCCAUCGAUUGGAGGAAUAAUGGCUCCUUCUCCAGUUUUGCCAGCCGUGGUUCUGGUCACAAUCGGCUGGGCGCUGGCCAUGGCAGCGGAUGGCGUCGUCGCAGCCAACGCACCGUCGCCGACCGGAUGGCUGAGGGCGCACGCGACGUUCUACGGCGGAGCUGAUGCCUCCGGGACCAUGGGUGGUGCAUGCGGCUACGGGAAUCUGUACUCCCAGGGGUACGGCUCGCGCACGGCGGCUCUUAGCACAGUGCUCUUCCAGGAUGGUGCUUCCUGCGGACAGUGCUACAAGAUCGCGUGCGACCGCAAGACGGCCCCGACGUUGUGCAAGUCCGGCGUCACGGUGACCGUCACCGCCACCAACUUCUGCCCGCCCAACUCGGCGCUGCCCGACGGCGGCUGGUGCAAUCAGCAGCGCCCGCGCAUCAUCCCCGUCAUCUACCAGAGAGUUCCAUGCGUUCGACGAGGUGGAGUCAGGUUCAUGAUCAAUGGCCACAACUACUUCAACCUCGUGCUUGUCACCAACGUUGGAGGGGCUGGCUCCAUCAAAUCCAUGGCUGUCAAGAGCUCCGAUUCCACGGACUGGAUGCCCAUGGCACGCAAUUGGGGCGCAAACUGGCACUCUAUGUCAUAUCUCUCCGGGAAAAGGCUCUCGUUCAGGAUCACCAUCACAGAUGACCAAACACUCGUAUUUAAUAAUGUGGUGCCGGCUGGUUGGACCUUUGGCUUGACGUUCACAAGCAAUUUGCAGUUUAAGUGAGGACUCGCCGUAGCUGCAAGGGCCUGUAGGCUCAAUAGAAUUCUUUAUGCUAUAGUGUACUACAUUAUGUACACACAGCUUGUACAAAACAAUCUAUGCAUUUAGUAGUUGUGUCUCAAUGAUUCACUACGAAUAUAUUGUAAAUUGACUGUGUACCUCUCCAUGACACAUUAUCAAUACUGUUGACAUUCUAAA